GGAAGAAAUUCAAAAGGUUUGGGCAAACAACUUGAGACGACUAAGAUGACUCCUGAUGGUGGAUGGAUGAACUAAAAACAGUUGAAGAAGCGUCGGUUAGCGGAAGUUGUCAUUGCUUUGGUGAAGAGUGGUGAAGAGCGUUAAGGUUAGUCACAAAUACAAUUGUAUAUAUAGAGUGUUUCGGAAUGAUAUUUACGCAUUUGAAGUCAUUUCUGAUUGCUGUUCUUCAUCUUCUUUGAUCAUUUAUGAGGUUAAUUUUGUGCCGUGCAAUAAAAACAAACAAUUCGGAAAGAUGACGGAGAAGAAUAUUAAAAAUAACAUUCUGACUGUGAUUAGUGGCCUUAUGUGUGAUGAGUCUGAUUUACGGAAAGUAUCAGAGGAUAGGAGGAAAGCAUUGGAGUUUACUGAAGAAUAUCCUAUUCAGCUUAUUGACAUCAUGAUGGACUUUGGGGAGCAUAUUGAGGAACGUCUCAUGAGCAGCAUACUAUUAAAACAAUACAUUGUUGCUUAUUGGCCCUCCGAGGACAAAUCUCUAGGACUGCCAGUUGUCUCUCCAGACACCAAAGAGAAGAUAAAAAAGUUUUUACCGGUAGGUAUUGGUGAUAGUAAUAGACAGCUUAGGCAAUCCACGGCACACAUCAUGGCACACAUAGCUGCCUUGGAUUAUCCGGAUAGGUGGCCAAACAUGAUGAACUUAGUCCAACAGAUGCUACAAUCGGCUAGUACGGAGGUAAUUGAAGGUGCAGUACUCUUCCUUAAAGAAUGCUUGCCUUAUGAUAUAGUCAAACAAUUGGGACCUACUUUAUUCAACUGCCUAUAUGAGAUUUUGGGAAAUGAAAAAUACUCAACUUAUGUAAGGGCAACUGUGAUCUCUCUGAUUUCUAUAUUCCUAUUGACUGAUCUGGAGAAAACUGAUAAUCGCCAGAAUGAACAGAUCCUAAUUGAAGCAAGCAAAAAGUUCUGUGGUCUGCUUGCAUAUCAAUUGAAUCAGCCAUAUUGUGAGCAAAGUGACUUUCAUCUGAAAUCUGAGAUUAUUGGUGGAGCUUUCAUCCAAUUUCUUUAUUGUGAGAAGGCUGGCGAAACCGCACAGUUGAUAAUGUCCACUCUACCUAUAAUAUGGGAGAUUCUGAGCAAAUGCGCUACUGAAUAUGUGCAGAUCAUCAGUAACUCUAAAGCAUUACCAAUUGACGCCGACGAGGAUCAACAUUAUCCUAAAUAUUUUAUGAAGUUGGUGAACAACAUUUUUGUGCUUGUACAGAUAAUUGUCUCUGAUAACAACAUGUGCAAGCAGUUGUCCCCAAUUCUAUCGGACAUAUUUUAUUCGAUUAUGAUUUUCAUGAGCAUUACACCUGCCCUGGAGCAGGAAUUCAUUGAAGACGAACAUAGCUACUGUGCAGAUGAAUUCAACAAUAUGGUUAAUAAUAACUUACGAACUGAUUUGAAGACAUUGUUAAGCAUAUUAAUGUCGCAUUUGCCUUCUGACAAGAUUUUGGUUGACUUAUCUAUAGCUAUAAAUAAAAUACUUGGCGGUUGCUAUGAGAUUAAACCCAACGAUUCUUUAAAUUGGAGAGUUAACGAGAGCGUGAUGUGCACUAUUAGCUGCCUCAGCGAUGUCUUUAAAUCGCGAACUGAUCAUCAUGAAUCUUUCAACAUUUACUUGUAUUUGAGAAACGCGUCUCUCAUUGUCCUAGAAUGCAGGAAUGUUAUCCUUUUGGCAAGGAUUAUGUUAGUCGUUGGUAGAUUUUCUUGCUGCAUGUCUUCUGAGCAAGUCGUUGAACAUUUGAGUGCGAUCUGCGUUCAUUUGAGAAGCAGCGAUCAUAUUUUACGGAAUGCAGCCAUUAGGGCGUUGAACUACCACUGCCAAAGAAUUAGUAAUCUUAGAGGAAACUGUUCUCAACAUGGAUCCGAGGACAUGCAAAAGCAACAUUUACAGGCAUUUGCGAAUGUCUUUAAUUCUCUUUUGGACAGUUUGAUUAAUGUUGCUGCCUACCUGAACCCCAUGAUUUUUGGGACUACGAUUAGAAACAUAUGCGAUAUUACUAAUAUGAAUCAAGAUAUGACUGCAAACUUCGCUAAUAGAUUGGUACCAUUUAUUUUAAAUACUGUUGCUAAGAAUACUCAAAAUGCUGUGAUAAUAAAUAGGUGUAAAGAAUUAAUCGUAGGUUUAAGCAAGAACCAGAUUGUUGCGGAAUAUAUACAGUCAUCUCUAAUGGCGCCGCUCAUCGAGAUGAUCUCCUUUCCCAAUGGGAAUACACACUUGGAUAGGACUGAAUCACAAUCCGUCGCUUUGUACGUGCUCAGUAUUAUCAUCGAGAACGCUCAUUCGGAGACCAUACGUCAUGCCUUGUUCAUGCAGGGUUAUAUGGUAGUGAUCAAGACUGUGAACUCAUUGGAUGACUUGGUGAUCACCGAGAUGGGCACCAGAUGCAUCUGCAUGUACCUGAUUAAAUGCCAAACGCAGUUGGCAAUGUUCGCGCAAGCCGACGUUGAUAACUUGAUGAACGUCAUCUACAGAUUACUGGAACCAACUAGAGAUGAGUUCGCUUGUAAACACAUCGAUAAGUUGAUCAUUUGUGCCUUCAGAGCACUGUCUGAGCAAACAGCCAGAUGCAACGAAAUGCUCAUCAAGAGUAUUUUGAGCAAGCUCAAUUUUUCGCAAUCCUUAGAGAUUCGGGAGAGCUUCAGCAUUAUAUUUCUCCAUUACUUGUACUAUGACAAUGAGGUUAUCCUAUCUCUGCUGAACAAAGUACCUGGACCAACCGGCGGAAGUGCAUUAAGUUACAUUAUCAAGUUGAUCGUCAGCUUUAAGUAUGUCAGAUCUAUGUACGGGAAAUACUUACAUAUGUUAGUGUUGUGCAAAAUACUCGAGAACACCGUCAUGAGGAAGGACAGCCGAAUUAUUGAUUUGACGAUCUCCGAUCAGCAAGAAAGUGGCAUUAAAGAAGUUCCAAUUCUAUCCUACAUUUUCCGCUAUUUAGCAGAAAAAUAUGUAACUCUGAAGAAAGACCAGAACAACCAACCUGAUGAAGAUAGUGAAGAGUACGAGGAUGGUGAGGACGCCGAGGUAGAGGAUGAGACCGAAGCGGAUCCGUUCGUCGACCUGUGCAGCGUGUCCAGGGAGCAGAUCAACCAGAAGCUCGUCGAGGAAUAUUUGGUGAACUACAUGAGGAACUUCUCAGGGCACGAGAGCUUCAAAGAACUAGCAGAUACAUCCCUAAACGACGAGCAGAGGCAAACAUUGUACAGUCAAUUAUUCGAAGCGCUUCCUGUUUCAUAUUACUAGCGUUGCACGUGAGCACAUCUAAAGAAAAGAAA